AAAAUAAAAUAAAAAUAGCAACUCAUUUUCUAAGUCCUGGUUUUCUAGGAGUGAGAGAGACAGAGAGGAGAGUGAGAGGGAAAGCAAGGAAAAUGUGAAGAUUUACAACUUGCUUCAAAAUCACCAAAAAACAGUGCAAAAUUUUCUAUCAAUUUCUAUUUUCUGUCUUCUUCAUUUAUUGUGAUAAACAACAUUUUCAAAAAAUUUGGAAUUUCUUGAAAAAAUGACAAGAAUGAGGAAAAACAUUUUUAUUUUUAUAAUUUUGUUUCUUUUUCUCCAACAAAAUAAUUUAAACAUUGAAGGCAGAACAAUUUCCCCUGUUUCUGCUCCUCUGUUUUCACCUUCAAUUUCUCCAUCAAUGGCUCAAUCUUCUCCAGGAAUUGAAGUGGGUGGUGAAAAUACAAAAAUGAUUUCAAACACAAGACUGAGAGUAGCCCUAAUUGUUGCUUGUGCUUCAGUUGGUUUUUUUAUGUUAACAUUGUUUUGUUUGUGGAUUUAUCAUAAGAGAAAUUAUGGUAACAAAUCCGGAAAGAAGAAUGCUAGAAAUUCAGAUUUCAUCAGUCGAUUUUCGUUCAAUCAAUCAAAGGGCACCUUGAAUUCUUUGAAAAUGAAUGUCAAAUUAAGAGGGUGUGUCUCUAAUAUGGAGUAUAAGAUGCUAGAGGCUGCCACCGGAAACUUCGACGAAAGCAAUGUCGUAGGUGUGGGUGGUUUUGGAUGUGUAUACAAGGCUAAGCUUGAUGGUAAUUGUUAUGUUGCUGUGAAGAAAAUGGAUGGGGGUAGUCAAGAAGCCGAAAAAGAAUUCCAGAAUGAGAUCUCGUUGUUAAGUAAAAUCCGGCAGCAGAAUAUUAUAACUCUUCUAGGCUAUUGCAUUCAUGGUGAUUCAAGAUUUCUUGUGUAUGAACUUAUGGAAAAUGGAUGCCUAGAAACUCAGUUGCAUGGUGUUUCCCGAGGAUCAGCUUUAACUUGGCAUAUACGAAUGAAAAUCGCUCUUGAUAUUGCAAGAGGAUUAGAAUUUCUACAUGAGCACUGUAACCCUCCAGUCAUUCAUAGAGAUCUUAAAUCAUCUAACAUCCUUCUGGAUUCCGAGUUCAAUGCCAAGCUAUCGGAUUUUGGUUUUGCUAUCACGGAUGGACCUCAUACCAAGAACAACAUCAAGCUCUCGGGUACCUUAGGGUAUGUGGCACCCGAGUAUCUUUUAGAUGGUAAAUUGACUGAUAAAAGUGAUGUUUAUGCAUUUGGAGUGGUGCUUUUGGAGCUUCUCCUUGGGAGAAAGCCGGUGGAAAAACUUUCACCGUCUCAAUGCCAAUCCAUUGUGACAUGGGCAAUGCCGCAAUUGACUGACAGAUCAAAGCUUCCGAACAUUGUGGAUCCCGUGAUCCGUGACACCAUGGAUCCUAAGCAUUUGUACCAAGUGGCUGCUGUGGCUGUGUUAUGCGUGCAACCAGAACCAAGUUAUCGUCCAUUGAUUAUCGACGUUAUGCAUUCACUUGUUCCGCUCGUUCCAGUUGAACUUGGAGGUACUCUAAGAAUAAACCAGCGCACUAAUUCAAGGGCAUCUGCAACAUAUACGGAGCAGCAGACAGCUUAGGAGGUUGGAUAUCUUCUGCAUUUGCAUCGAACACAAUUUUGAACUUGCAUUCGCGUUAUUCACAGCCUAUCUUCCCAUAUCAUCAAGCUUUUCUUUGAAUUUCUCCUUGUAUCUUUUCAUUAAAGUAACCAAGUUUGUAAAUUGAUACACAUAUAAAGUUGAAUCUAUAUCAUCUGUGUACAGGAAA